UACACUAGACUAGGAUAGAAAUACUAUCCUAAUAACAAUUAUUAUUAUCCAAUGGCGCUACAGUCACAAUAGCCAACACAAUGGAUCUCCCUGAACGUCUGCUAAUGGGCAAAGUAACAUCCCGUCUGGGCCUCACUCUCCUCACGUUCCAGCCAUAUACUCACAAGCAGCUGCAGGAAAUCGUCACCGCCCGCCUGGGCGGGUCGGAGGCGUUCAAGGGGGAGGCUGUCCAACUGGUGGCGCGCAAGGUGGCCGCUGUGUCGGGUGAUGCUCGUCGUGCGCUGGAUAUUUGCCGUCGGGCCACGGAAAUAGCUGACACGGCUCGUGAUAAGUGUGUGACAAUGCUGCACGUGCAGCAGGCGCUUGGCGAGAUGAUAGCGAGCGCAAAGGUACAGGCCAUAAAGAACUGUUCGCGACUGGAACAGAUCUUCUUGCAAGCUGUGGCUGCCGAUGUCACACGCACUGGUGUCGAGGAAUCCACCUUCAUGGGUGUGUACACCCAGGUGGAGACAAUUGCGGCGUUCAUGGGAGUCUCCCUGCCACCGCCAGGACGAGCCUUGCGGCUCUGCGCCAAGCUGGGGGCCGAGCGCAACGAUCUCUUUCAGAAAAUUCUGCUGAACGUCAGCGCUGACGAUAUCCACUAUGCCCUCCGUGUGGGAGAGAUUGCGGCUGCCAACUGAUUAUCAUUCAUAUUACU